CACCUAAACCUUCCAACCUUUUCCCUUUACCACACACUUGCAAUCAGAACUUGACUAUCAAAUUGCAAACUCUCAUUCUCAGACCAAUUCCAAAACUUUCUCUUUCUUCUCCUCUCAUUCUCUUUCCUUCGAUUCAAAAUGGCACCUACUGAGGUCGAUCAUUGCAUUAGCCCCAAGACUCUCGAUUUCCUCAUCGAAGCAGCCGGCCUCCACGUACAGGCCUCAACCGACAAGAAAACCAUUGUUCCUGAAUGGUGCCUUGACCAUCAGCAGCCUAGGCCUGGAAAGCUCCUCAUCAAACCAAUUCACGAGCCUGCUCACCGAGUCAUCAAGCUUUGUGGCAGAGACGACUCCUCCUGGAUUCGAAAGAACAAUCGCUAUUACAGCGGCGUUCGCAAGCCAGCACCCUCUGUCACUUCCAAAAGAACCGGCAUGGCGAAGAAUCUUAGUGUCGCGCAGUACCAGCGCCAUUUGGUGCAUCUCAUGAUGCGAAUUUUCGCCUUGCGCACCGGAGCUUCGCCUUUUACCCUCAUCCUGGACGACCUCAACCAAGGUUCAAAGACGCUUCUUGAUGAACUCUUUCGCCGCGCCAUGUCUCGCAACAUCAACAUCGUCUAUCUCACCUUUGACCAAGCUGUCAAGCCCCACCCGUACAUCCGCCACAUCCCAAUCUAUCAUGAUGUCACUGGUGAUCAGGUUCUCGCCGAAAUCGAUCGCGCCAUGAAGGAUUUCCACACCAGCAUUGUUAUCGUCGACUCUCUUCACGAUCUCCUCAACCACAAAAAAGUUGAAAUGGCUGCACUUCUCAACCUCGUUGCCGUUAAAUACAGCUCCAUGCUUUUUGGUAUCUGGCACCAAGAUGUGCUCCCAGCUACCGCUGAAGCCGACGCAUACACACCACAGACACUCGAUGUUAUCAAGUACAUGGCCACUACUAUCAUCACCUGCAAAUCAUUCGCCCACAUGCUUGCAAUUAAAGCUGCAAAAGAACGCAGUCUUCCAGAACCAACGCACGGCCUCCUUCAAGGUGCGGAAGGCAUCGUCCAGUGCCUCGAAGCCAACGACAUCCGCGGCAUCGUACUUGAAGCUGAAUUUCGUCGAAAGUCUGGUCGUCCUGAAUCCGGAACUUACUUUCUACGUCCGUCUCGCCAAAGCGACUACAAUGCUCCGCUCCCUGGCAUGUUUCUCGGUACUCUCAAGCAGGAAUUUGUCACUCUCCUUGACCUCGUCCCAUCCUACGCCAGCAAAGAGGUCACCGAUAUGGUUAAAGCUGCUGCCGAAGAGAUUCAGUCCACGUUCGACCUUGGUUUGACCGAAAAGCAGAAGCAAGCUCGUGACGGUGUGGUGCUUCCGUACUACGACGCACAAAAGUCAAUGGGCGAUGCUGGCGAGGGUGGUCGCAUCCUUUACGACAUGGGCUCUGAGGAUGACUUUGACGAAGAAGAAGACGAGAUAUGAGCUGUUUGUGUUAUUCAUUGGCACUUACUCUCACAGCAGCGCUUCUACUCGACACCAUCACUUCAAUGGCACUUGGCUGGCACUCAUGGUUUACGAAUUCCUUCUUUCCACGGACCUGGAUAUACCCUUUCAUGAGAGAAUGGCCUCAUGAUCAAAACACCCCCUGGCGUUUGUGCUUGAUUUUCAUUCCUCUUUCCCUACUACCCUCCCUGAUCUCACUACAGUGCGCAUGCUCCCAUUGGCUGGAUGUGCACUUUUGAUUUCUGAUGGUGGAGGUUUCUGGUUCAUCGGAUUAUACUGGAAGCUUUCGUUUUUGCCUUUACUUCGUGUAUUUAGAUGAUAG